UUCACCUUCCUCUUUUUUUCCUCUCUCCUCCAAUUUAGAAGAACUGUAGUAACCCAGAAAUAUCCCUUUUUCACAUUUGUCCAGCUUACGUUUUCGGAUCGUCUUCUUUCUCUCUCCUCCUUAAACCUACCAACAUUCUUCUCUGCUUCACUCCUUCAAUCCAACUUUUGCUGGAAGAUCGAACCUUCUUUCUCUCUCCUCUCUUCGGUUUUCAUGGCGGAUAGAGGAUCUAUUGCUCCUGGAAUUCGUCUUGAUAUUCAACAAUUACAGUUAGAGGCUCAACAUCGAUGGUUGCGACCAGCUGAAAUUUGUGAAAUUCUCAGGAAUUAUCAAAAAUUUCAAAUUUCUUCAGAACCUCCAACCCGGCCCUCAAGCGGCUCUCUCUUUCUUUUUGAUCGAAAGAUUUUGAGAUACUUUAGGAAGGAUGGCCAUAACUGGCGGAAGAAAAAGGAUGGAAAGACUGUGAAGGAAGCUCAUGAGAAGCUAAAGGUUGGAAGUGUUGAUGUGCUGCAUUGCUACUAUGCCCAUGGUGAAGAUAAUGAAUGUUUUCAGAGGCGCAGCUAUUGGUUGCUUGAAGAGGAGUACAUGCAUAUUGUUUUUGUGCAUUACUUGGAGGUUAAGGGUAACAGGAGCAGCAUUAGAGAGGCAGAACCAUUGAUUUCCAGUUCCCAGAUUAGCAACUCUGUGUCUAGUAGUGUUUCAAACAGUUAUAAUGAAGCUUUUACUGGAAAUACUGGAUCCCCAAGUGCAGUUAGUUCUUUGACCUCUUCUUAUGAAGAUAUUGAAUCUGAGGAUAAUUACCAAGCAAUGUCAAAGUACCCAUCACCUGUUACCUUCCAAAACAUGGAAGACACUGUUGAAAAUAACAAGCCAGGUUCCCUUAUGAACUCCAACUUUAUUUCUACAUACCCUGACAACUAUAAAGGGAGCCAACUUCCUGGUCCUGGAUUGGAUUACACUUCUCUUGCUCAACGAGGAGCUGGAACUAAUGAUUAUAAUCAAUUAAAAACACUCGACUUGGGGAGCUGGGAAGAAGUUUUUCAGCAGUCUACUAGAGGUCCGGAAAAUUUACUACCAAAUCCGUUACUUUCUGGUGCUCCUCUUGUUGGAAGCAUUGAUGGUUACAAUGAGAGUUUCAGUCAGCUUCUGGAUGCUGGCUUUGGUGUCAAUGGUGCACCAGGAGCUUCUUUAGCCCCAUACUUGCAGAGUAACAACCCAUUAGAACUUUCUUUCACUGAAUAUCAAGACAAUACAAACAUUACUGCUACUGCUAAGCAGCCAUUGCUGGGAUCUAUUAGGGCAGAGGAGGGCCUGCAAAAAGUUGAUAGUUUCAAUAAAUGGAUGACCAAGGAAUUAGCUGAAGUAGAUGACUUGGAUUUGAAGUCGACUUCAAAUCUGUCAUGGCAAAAUAUUGAAGCUGCUGCUUCUGUUGAUGAUCCUUCUGACUACUCAAUGAGUCCCUCAAUUGGCCAAGAUCAGCUCUUUGACAUUCAAGACUUCUCACCAAGUUGUGCUUCAACAGACAGUGAAACAAAGGUUGUGAUCACUGGAAAAUUUAUGGUCAGUCCCUCAGAGGUGUUCAAGUAUAAUUGGUCUUGCAUGUUUGGGGAAGUAGAGGUGCCUGCUAAAGUUCUCGGCAAUGGUGUUCUCUGUUGUUAUGCACCACUGCAUAGUGUUGGACGAGUCCCUUUCUAUGUAACAUGUUCUAACAGGUUUGCUUGUAGUCAAGUGCGAGAAUUUGAAUAUCUUGUUCAGGGUAAAAAAGACAAAAACACGGUUAGCAGUAUGACAGAAAAUCAGCUUUGGCUCCGACUUCAGAAUCUUCUAUCUAUAAGUUCUCCCGGGAAUUUUGAUUCUACUUCUGAAAGUAUUAGAAAGAAGGAGCGAAUUUUUAGGAAAAUAUUUCUAUUAAUGGAAGAUGAACUUGUCUUGGGGGUUGAACAACAUUUGAAAGAAAAAGUGGUCUCUUGGCUGUUUGACAAGGUUAGUAGUGAAGAUGGAAAAGGACCAAAUACACUUGAUGAAGAGGGGCAAGGGUUGUUGCAUCUAGCUGCAGCACUUGGUUUCGAUUGGAUUAUCCCCCCUACUUUAGCUGCUGGUGUUAGUGUGAAUUUCCGGGACAUAAAUGGAUGGACGGCUCUCCACUGGGCUGCAUGCUACGGAAGAGAGAAGACUGUUGCUUUUCUAGUUGCACUGGAAGCUGGAUCGGGAUUAGUAACAGAUCCUUCACCAGAAUUUCCUUUGGGUAGAACUGCUGCGGACUUGGCUUCGGCUAAUGGAUACAAAGGAAUAUCUGGUUUCCUUGCAGAACAUUCCUUGACUGCUCACCUUGAGACCCUUACAAUGACCGAACGAAAGAAGGAUAGUCCAGUUGAAAACUCUAUGAACAAUGCUGUACAAACAAUGAGAGAGAAGGUGGCUACUCCUGGUGAUGAAGGCGAUGGGUCAGAUUUGUCAUUAAAGGAUUCCUUGGCUGCUGUUCGCAAUGCCACUCAAGCUGCUGGUCGUAUCCAUCAAGUUUUCAGGAUGCAGUCAUUCCAAAGGAAGCAAGUCAGUAAGGGUGCUGGUGAUGAUGAGUCUUUGUUGACUGAUGAACAGUUUCUUUCACUUGUAUCAUCCAAAAUUAAGAGGCCUGGGCAUCCUGAUGAAAAAGCCCAUUCAGCUGCAACUCACAUACAGAAAAAAUUUCGUGGUUGGAAAAAGAGGAAAGAAUUUCUGACUAUUCGCGAAAGAGUUGUUAGAAUCCAGGCCCAUGUAAGAGGUCACCAGGCGAGGAAACGAUACAAACCAGUUGUCUGGUCUGUGGGAAUACUAGAGAAAGCGAUUCUGCGGUGGAGACGAAAAGGGACUGGAUUGCGUGGGUUUCGUUCUGAUGCCCUUAAUAAAGCAGCAUCCAGCACCGAUGCUCCACCAGUUGUACAGAAGCCACCUUCUGAAGAAGAUGAUUAUGAUUAUCUGAAAGAAGGAAGGAAACAAACUGAAGAACGGUUGCAAAAAGCCCUUGUCCGGGUGAAGUCCAUGGUUCAAUAUCCUGAUGCAAGAGCACAGUAUCGAAGGCUUCUGACUGCUGUAGAAGGUUUUCAAAAGAAUCAGAGUCAGGUACAAGACAGCACCCUAAACAGGACAGAUAUUGCACCAGCUGAAGGUGAAGAUGACAUGAUUGAUGUUGAAAGCUUACUACAUGAUGACAACUUCAUGGCUAUAGCAUUUGAAUGACUUGAUUUUCUAUUUUCAUUCUAAUUUGUGCAAUUUGUACAUAAGGUGAACUGUCUGCACCAUGAUUGGACGGAAGUUAAUAUUCCCUUGUAAAUACUUAUAUAUAGCAUUAAUUAGGAAGGAGAUCCUUUAGAAGACUGAUGCGUAGAAGGCAGGCAUGGUUAAGUUUGACAACACAGGUUAGAUGUAGAAACUCGUCUGAGAUUGUUAGAUAUGAGCGUAUUAUUCUGUAGCUAAUUUUUCUUUAAACUCUACUCUAUGCGUGCAUGCCAAUCUGAGAAGUUUUAGUACAUGUAUGGAAAAAAAAAAAAUUGAUCUAUGUUACAUCUGCUAUCUGUUUGACUGAGCUUA